UUAGUCAUCUGAUGCAGCUGUGAGGAGAAAAGUGAGCGAACCCAAUUUCGGCAGUAACAAUUCUGAACAAAGUUUACAUUAAAUUCAAAUAAGAGUUUGGGAUAAGUUGGGCUCUCUUUAAGUAUCCAUAAGCUGCGUGAAAAUCUGGAAAGUUUGAGAUUUUAGACUUCAUAACUUGUUCGACUGAAAAAAAGUUGCAAAAUCUCUGAGCAUGACUAAGCAGCUUAAAGAGAUUCUUCAAACUAAUGAAUACAAUAUAGAUAUUUCAGUUCCCAGACCGCUCAGCAGUCUCAUCCGACUUAUCCACAUCGAGCACAACUACAAUUGCAUUCCGCCUGAUAACCAACCAGGAAUCCAGUCCAAGCGAACCCUUCGCCAGUUGGUUUCCUCCUUGCAUGCUGAGAAAAAUCUGGGGCCACUUGACUUUGCGGACUUAAAGGAGCAUGUCCUUAGGGCAGAUGUGAUCCUGCGACGAUUGCGGCGCUUCCUCGCCAGCAAGCGCAGAUUCAUAGACUUUAGGCCCAUGUCUGUACUACAAGAGGCCAUCGUGCAACAUUUGGCCGCAGAGAUGCGCUGCACGACCAGAUUCUAUGACGUUCAAGACGGCAGGCGGUACUUGGUUGCUUAUAGGCCAGGAAUCGGGCCCAAUUCCUUCGAGUUGAGGGCUCGCCAAGGUGACCUUAGUGGGGAUUUAAAUCAGACCAGGAUGUGCCUCCGAAAAAAGAAGCUCAAAAGCCACAAGAAAACACAGCUGGAUUUGCGCCAAAUGGCAGAGCAUUCCCGUCGUCUGGGCAGGAAAAUUCUGGAAAAGUUCAGUGCCAAAUACAAGGCCGUACGAAGGAAUGAAGAAACAUGAGGAACAUAGAGUUGUAAGGCAUAAACUAGAUGAUUGAUUUAGAAAAUAUAUGAAAGCUGCUUGGAUUAAUCACA